CAUGCAUGCAGUAGCUAAGAAAGCAGCAGAACAGAUGGAAAGCGUUGUGAUUAGAGCUGGAUUGCUGCUUUUACUACUGCAUGUUAGUCUAGACAGUGUUACGGCCAGUAGAGAAACUAAGACAAAACUAGGGUUUGUAGAAGCUGCAGUAAACAGAGAGUCAGCAAACAAAAGUACAGAGGGGUCAUUGCCGAGAGAAGUGAUGUACAUGGAGUUGUCAAGUGUGAUCCAGAUACCAAAGAGGUUGCUGUAGUUGACUGCAACUGCCUAACGAUUGAAUACACAUCAAAUGUGCACCAUCUGACUGUGCUAGUCUGAACAGACAAGGAACACUCUGUGGACAGUGUCUGGAUGGCUACACUGUGCCAGCAUAUUCCUAUGACUUAAAUGCAUCAGAUGUGACAGU